AUAUCCACAGAGGCUUUCUCACAGCCACAUAUCACACCAAACCACAACGACACAAUUCUAAAAUAAUAAUAAUAAUAAUAUUAUUAUUAUAAAUUAAAAACACUCCUUCCACAGAGAAAAAAAAAAUGCUCUUACGUGGCAGUAUGGCCGCCCCUCCCCGGCCGUCGCUCCGCCUGCCGGGCGCGCGGGUCCAGCCGCGGAGCGUGGCGGUGUCGGUGGCGUCGUCUUCCGGCGGCGGCGAGCGGUAUCCGCUGUCGAUCUCCGACGAGGCGCUGGAGUCGCGGGGGUUCGCGGUGCGGCGCGGCGCGGAGGGGCUGGACCUGGAGGAGCUGAACGCGGUGUUCGUGGCGGUGGGGUUCCCGCGGCGGGAGCCGGAGAGGAUCCGCGUGGCGCUGGAGCACACGGAGGCGGUGGUGUGGGUGGAGCAGCGGAAGACGCGGCGCGCGGUGGCGUUCGCGAGGGCCACCGGCGACGGCGUCUUCAACGCCAUCAUAUGGGACGUCGUUGUGGACCCCUCCUUCCAGGGGAUUGGCCUCGGCAAGGCCCUCAUCGAGAGGCUGCUGAGGGAGCUUCUCAGUAAGGGAAUUUCCAAUAUUGCCCUCUAUUCGGAGCCUCGGGUUCUCGGGUUUUAUCGCCCAUUGGGCUUCGUUGCUGACCCCGAUGGGAUCCGGGGAAUGGUGUACUCCAGAAAACAAAACAAAAAAUAGGACCUUUCUUCCUUCUCUAUUUUCCUUUCUUCUUUCUUCAUUUCUGAAUUUGAUUUAUGUGUAGUGAGGGUGUGUGUGUUUGGUGUCAUUUUGAUCCCCCUUAGGGCAUGUUCGUAUGAUCCUUGAGUUUCGUUGAAAAAACAUAUAUAUUUAAUUUUGUGAAAUAACUUUUAUGUUCAAUGAAACAGAAUGUCGUAAAAGAAGCA